AUCAACAGGUAAUACCUGUGUUUAUGCACGAGCUUUGUGUGAAUACGAACACUAAAAGUGGCGCCAUCCAGCAACAGAUGUUAUUCAUUCAUUUUUUUUUCGAACACCAGUGUCCCGAGGCCAUUUGAUUUGGUUAUUGAUAAUUAUGAACUAACCUGUUUUUUUUCUGAAUAUUUGGACUGUCCAUAGAAUAUUGUUGUAGCACACGCACAAAACCGACCAUACACGACCAUUAUAAUGUUGAUCAAUAUGUGCAAAAAAUAAUAAAUCUACCUGCACCAUUUUAUGAGCGCUCCACCUUGCAUACCAUGCUAUGCAAGAAGCAAGUUUUUUUUUCUUCAAUGACCAAAACAUAUCGGGAUCACAGGUAACACUGGUUGAAUGAUUACUGGUGAUGCCUCAAACUAUACUGUUGAUGUUGAUGAUGAUGAUGAUGAGGUCGAUGUCAUCAAUGAUGCUAUAAGUGGUCGAUGAAAAAUACGUUGCCCUUUUCAAGAGUGAAACAAAUCAACAACAACAACAACAACAAAAGAAACAUUCAUAUAUUACAAAUGCCCGAAUCGAUCCAUAACAACAAAAUGGAUAAACGUGAUGAAGAAAUUCUUGAAUUGAAGCAAAAACUUAUUGAUCUAAUGAAAGAGAAUAAUGAAAUGAAAGAAUUGAUCCUAUUUCUUGAUGAUGAACGAAAUUAUGCUCGACAAUUUGUACGGCAAUUCAAUAGUAAACAAUCGAUGAAUUGGAAUUCAUUAAAACAGAAACUUAACUAUUUGGAACAGAAACAAUUCGAAUUGGUAAAAGAGAAUCUCUCUCUUAAACAGCUUUGUGUUUUACUUGAUGAAAAUUCCAAUCUAACCGGUUCAGAACACCAGAAUCCAACAUUGCCAAAUGGCCGACAGAUUGAUUCGAAUAGAUCCAAUUCAUCAUCCAAUGCUGGCCUAUCCUCAUCCGUUGUUUGUCAAUAUAUUUUACAAUUAGAAAAUGAACUUAAAUCUCGUGGUGUAUCAAUGCAACGUCCUAAAUAUGUACAUGACAUUAUUAAAUUAAAUUCAUUACGUAAUUGUGAAACGAAUGGCCACGAAUCAUCAACCACCGCCACCAAUAAUAAUAAUCCAAUGAUGACAACCAGUGAAGAGAAAUCAAUUAUUUAUUCAUUAAGUGAAACGGCAAUCAAAUCAAUUGUAUUCAACGGCAAUGGCAAUCAUCGAAUGCAAUGAUCAAUCUUUUAAACAUCUGUAAAUACACAGUGUCUGAAUUUUUAUUUAUUAAUAUAUAUUUGAUUAAUAAUAUUAAUACUUUUUUUCACAUGUCAUGUUUUUUUUCGAA